CUCUUUCUCCAUAAAAUGGGAAAAAAGAUAUUAACUCUCAGAGAUCUCAUCGGCGCCAUUAAAGACAAAGCUUCACAAUCCAAAGCCGCUUUCAUCUCUAAACCAAGCAGUUUCUCCCUCCACCUCGCCGUCCUCCGCGCCACCACUCACGCGCCGUCAUCACCACCCGAUGACCACCACAUCUCCUCCCUUCUCACCCUCGGUGACAGCUCACGCGCCACCGCUUCCUCACUUAUCGUCAUAAUCAUGGACCGACUCCACCGCACUGGCGAUUCAACCGUCGCACUCAAAUGCCUUUUAAUCAUACAUCAAAUCAUCAAACGCGGACCGUUCAUACUACAAGAUCAACUCUCCAUAUUUCCGGCUACCGGCGGACGUAACUACCUCAAACUCUCCGCCUUCCGCGACGGCGCUACCGCAUCCAGAUUCACAAUCUCCGCCUGGAUCCGAUUUUACUCCAGAUACAUCGAAUCUCUACUCUACACUUCCAGAAUUUUAGGCUAUUUUCUCUCUUCGUCUUCCUCGUGUAACACAGAUGAAAAAAUCUCCACCUUCUUAAACUCAGAUCUAAUCAGAGACGUCGAUUCGUUAGUUCAAUUGAUCGAAGAAACGGUAAAAUUGCCGGAUUCGCUACUACUCGACGGCAACAAAUUGCUCUACGAAGUGAUCGGAUUACUGAGCUCCGAUUACUUAUCGACGGUGAACGAGUUGUUAAUCCGGCUCAGUGAGUUCAAGGAACGGCUCAGUUGUUUGAGCUUCGGUGACUCGGUUGAGCUGAGUUUCAUUUUGAAGAGAUUAGAAGGAUGUAAAGAGAGAUUAUCGGUUUUAUUUUCGGUUAAAAAGCCAUCAACGAAGUUAUUAUGGUGUUCGGUAUCCGAAUUGAGCUUAAAAAUUGAUGAUUUGAAGGUUGAUUUUUCGAAACGUAAGUUAAUUACGUUCGGAAAAUCGAGCGAAUCAGCUCGAUUUAAUAACCGGGUCAUCAAAUUUGGUGACUCGGUUCAGUUUUCGUCAGGGAGAUAUGAGAUGACUAAUUUACCUAUGAUUGUUGAAGGAAGAAAUUGAACAAAUAAAAAAUUGGAUGUUUUUUUUUUUUUUUUGGUUAUUAUGUGUAACAAUAUAUUAGAGAGUGUUAAAUCUUGAUAUGUUCCCACAAACAUUUUUGUGUAUAUAAUAUAUGGUACAUGUAUACCAAUUUGGGAUUUUGAUU